CUUUAUUAUUUUUAAUUAUUUGUGAUCUUACUCAGUGAAACAGUAGAUGCUAGCAUGUAUUUAGCAUUCUGUCGCGGCUGUGAUUCAGCUCAUCGCUGCAUUGGUAACAGUGACUAUGAUAGUACACAGUGAUGGAACAGCUUGUUACAUCCUGUGGAACAUCUAUUUGUUUUUUUAGAUUAUAUUUACUUUAUAGUCUGUGGAGUGCUUUAUUUCAGGAGAACUGUGCUUUUUAAGCACUUCAUCUAGUAUUCAAUCCUAUCAGUGCCAUUGUUUCUAGGAAUGUGAAGAUGGAGGCAGUAUGUACCUUUAAAAUGGUGGUUAGCACCCAUGGCUACCCUCAGAACCUUAUACAAGCUUGGAAGUAUCCUAGCCUGAGACAAGCUUGCAAAACUCCCUGGCCAUGUCUACAGAUGGAAAAAGCCAUCGUAACCGGCGCCUGGAAUGUGUUCAGCGUAGCUCGUUUAAAGAAGGAGAAGAAAUCAGUCCUGGACCUCUUCACCAGCAUCCGAUGAAGAAUCUGCAGAAGCUGGUUAAUGGAUUGUCCAUUUGUUUUUGCUCUGUGUGAUUGUUUUGUUCAAAUUAAUUAUUUUGUUCAAAGUCCCG